CUUCAGCCUAAACUGUUUUAUAAUAUAAUCUUUUUUUAAUUCUUCAGGGCCUUAGUGGUCAACCACUAUCUGGACCAGAUAUAGGAGGGUUUGCUGGCAAUGCAACUCCAAAACUGUUUGGAAGGUGGAUGGGCAUUGGUGCCUUGUUUCCAUUUUCUCGUGGGCAUUCUGAAGCUGACACGACCAAUCAUGAACCUUGGUCCUUCGGAGAAGAGUAGCCAACUUCAACCAGGAUUGUUGGAUCAAGAAGCCUCGAAGGUUGCAGAAACCUUGUGUUUUCCCCAGGUGAGACCUCUUCUUCGCUCCCACUGUAAGUGUGAAGAAGUUUGCCGCCUUGCGUUGAUGAGACGGUAUCAUCUUUUACCACACAUAUAUACUCUCUUUUAUAUGGCACAUACAAGAGGCACUCCUGUGGCUACACCGACUUUUUUUGCUGACUUGAAAGAUCAAGAGUUGAGAAAACUUGAGAACUCGUUCAUGCUAGGAUCCCUUCUUGUACAUGCAAGGUUUAUUCUUUUCUUUCACUUACACGGAGUAUAUUAUAUUGGAAAAGGUUAGCACAUAUGCAUUACACAUCUCUGUGGUUGUACAAAUUAUAAAUAAGAAGGUUAUUAAAUGAGUCAAUAAAGCAAUCUCUCUAUU